AUUCUCGUGCAUCCAACGGUUUUUAUAAAUAAAUCCGUACGGUCCAAAAACUUGCAAACGUGGCACACGUAAACUUGGUCCUUUCCACACUUCACCGACCGUUUCGUACAAUUACAGUGCUCCACCUUGCCACACACAAAAGGUUUUUCUAAUACUUUUGCCUACAUAUUCGAUCACCUUUGUUUCUUUGUUCCACACUGCCACUUUCAAAAGUUCACAACCUUCACAACCUUAUAGCUUUUUUUACACUUACACUUACACACAGAGACUCAGAGAGUAUUGUGUCAUCGGUGAUGGAGUACUUAGCAUCUUCUCAGGAGGGACACGAUAAGGAGAGCAACAACGAGCGGCUGGAUAUGAUUCAGAACAUGGAUCCAACGGCGGGCACGAGCUUGUUGUCCCUUCCCAUGGAGGCUUUUUUGAAAGCAGCGAUCUCUCUUAAAGACCAGGUGGUGCAAAUGACGUGGAUAAGACAACAUCAACAUGGUAUGGAUUCGGGUAUGGGUACGAGUAUGGACCCGACGGUGUAUACGGGUCUGCUUGGGACAGCUUUUACCUGCUUCCGCUCCUACGAGGCCACCGGUAGCCAGCAGGACUUGCUGUUGACCGCCGAGAUUGUUGACACGUGUGCCGUCGUCGCACGUGCCUCCACUAGGCACGUGACAUUUUUGUGUGGAAGAGGUGGAGUUUACGCUCUUGGUGCUGUGGCCGCUAACUACCGAGGGGACCAUCAAAGACGUGACCUGUUUUUAAGUCUCUUUCUUGAGGUAGCACAAGAGAGAGCUCUCCCUAUUGGACCUGAAGAGGGUGGUUUUGGAAUGUCAUAUGAUCUUCUUUAUGGGCGAGCCGGAUUUUUAUGGGCUGCUUUGUUCCUAAACAAUCAUCUUGGAGAGGAAACAGUACCUAGUAAUCUUCUCAUGCCUGUUGUUGAUGCUGUGUUAGCUGGGGGCAGGGCAGGGGCAUCCGAUAACACAGCCUGCCCAUUGAUGUACAGAUGGCAUGGAACGAGGUACUGGGGCGCAGCCAAUGGCCUUGCCGGAAUCUUGCAAGUGCUACUUCACUUCCCUCUCUCCAAUGAAGAUGCUGAGGAUGUUAAAGGGACUUUGAGGUACAUGAUGAGUAAGAGGUUCCCUCAUAGUGGAAAUUACCCCUCAAGUGAAGGAAACCCAAGGGACAAGUUGGUGCAAUGGUCUCAUGGUGCAACCGGCAUGGCCCUUACCUUGUGCAAGGCAUCCAAGGUGUUUGUAGGAGAUAGAGAAUUCCGUGAUGCUGCAAUAGAAGCAGGAGAAGUGGUAUGGAAAAAUGGAUUGGUGAAGAAGGUGGGACUUGCAGAUGGUGUGGCUGGGAAUGCCUAUGCAUUCCUGUCUCUCUAUCGUCUCACGGGAGAGAGUAUAUAUGAGGAAAGAGCAAAGGCAUUUGCAAGCUUCUUGUAUCAUAAUGCAAUGAACCUUGUUACAGACGGGCAUGCUAGUGGGGCUGCCCAUGCCUCCUCUGUUUUCCAAGGACUCGCUGGAACUGCUUGCCUCUGGUUUGAUUUGCUUGCUCCUGAAAAAUCUAGGUUCCCAGGAUAUGAACUGUAGGUGAAAAUGAGGAGAGUCAAAACCAAAUUCUCCUUAUGAGUUUCCAAGUAUGACCCUAACACACAUUUAUAAAUGCGUAUGAUUUGCAAAAUGCUCUAAUGUGAUGAUGAGAAAUUAUUCCGCAUAUACAUGAGGUAUAACGAUAAGUCUUCUUCCCUAUUAUAUAUAGGUGAGUCUUAUGUAUGAGAUUUAUAGAUGGUACACACAUCCUUAUGUGAGAGGAAUUUCAAUGUGAGUACAAGAUUAAUUAGGAUGUCCAUGAAUUGGAUGAUCUUGCAAUGUAUAUUAUUGAGUUAGGCCUUAAUUUAUAAGCUUGUAUAUUAUCUCAACUUGUGAGAAAGAGUGCUUAUAUUAAGGAUUAAAUUACUAUUUUGUUUCCUAA